AUGCUCCGCCGGCCCGCCAGCCCGCGCCGGGCCAGCCACCGCCCGCGACCCCAGCGCGCCCCUGCCCACACCUCGCCACCCCAGCGGCCGCCCCCUCCCCUGCCAGGCCCGGCUCCCCGGCCCGCCAGCUCCCGAGCGCGCUGGCUUCGGAAAGAGAGAGAAAGAACAGAAAGCAAAACUUCCUGGCGGCCGACGGCCAUCAGCUGCACAUUCUGCAAAUGCCACCGCGUAAAAAUAAACCGGCCGCCGCUCCGCCCGGCCGGCUCACCCCAGGCGCACGACCCGGCCCCUGCCCCGGGAGCUCCCGGACUGUCGGUGUGGCCUGAUCCCCCAUUCCCGCGCGCCCCCUGGAGCCCCGCUCCCCGACACUCCUCCGCCAGCCACCACGCGCUCCUUUGCCAUGAAGCCAAACCCCAAGUGACCGGUGGCCCGGCCAUCUCCCCUUUGGUGUCCCCUGCACCCCCACAAGCUAGUCUUCUCUCUGUCCUCCACCAGACUCCGCCCGACCCUCUCCCACGCUGCAGAGCCCCCCCGGGAGCGGACCGCUCCACCCGCCCGCCGGCCCGCCAGCCCAGUGUCCCACGUCCCGGGGCGCAACUUCUCUCCCAGCGCACACAACCGCCACGGCAACUCCCCCGAACUUUUCCCCGGACCCAGGCGGGCGCCGGCCCACAGCCCAGCGGCUCUGAGCCGGUGCCCCAGCUGGCGGUGCCCAGUGCUGCCAGCCCUGGGCCCGGGGAGGCUGGGGGUGGGGUAGGGGGUGAGGAGCGCCACUUGCCGCGCCUGGAGCAGCGCACUUGA